UUGUACCGCUUAUUAAAAAGGUUAUAUCUGAAGCUAAAUUUACUGCAAGCAAUUUUUAUGUUAUUACACUUUCUAAAUGUAAUUUAUAACAUAAAAAUUGUAUAUAAAUAGUGUCCGUUUUGAUCAAAUGGCCGCUAGAUGUCGCAGUUUGACCACAUUUGUAACUCAUGCAGCUUCAUGAGGUCAAAAGCAAAAGUGAAAGUUUCCUUAUGAGUUUGUGUCACUGCAUGGAAAAACAGGGGAAAUCAGGAAUUAUGUGAAUAAAAUACAGAGAAAACUGCUCAAAAUAAUAGAAAUAAAUAGUAAGUUACUGUGGAGAUUUCACAAUUGCAGGUGCAAUAUAGUUUAAAUUGGUUUGUUGCUUUUAAUUCCUAUCAGGAUGCAGAAUAUUGGUUCGGUCCAUAUUCGGUUGCCGCUGAUUGUAAUAUUUUUAGCGUGAAUGUAGACCUAUGGCGUCCUAUGCAGUCCUGUGUUUUGCUGUUCUGGAGCUUCUUAACAGAGGUGAAGCAGCUGUGAUCCAAACCCAGCAGACCAUAUUAGCAGCAGUGGGAGAAGAUGCUCCUCUCAGCUGUCAGCUCCUGGAAACUAAAGAUGUCCAACAGGUCACCUGGCAGAAGGUCUUGGAGACAACAGAGAAGAACAUCUGCACCUACAGCGAGUAUUUUGGUGAAACUGUGGAUCCUGACUUUAAAGAAAAGGUUCAGUUUACAGAAGUUGGACUGCAGAAGUCCUCCAUAGUUAUCAGGAGUGUUACAGAGCAGGAUGAAGGAUGUUAUCUCUGUUUGUUCAACAUCUACCCUGAUGGAGCUUUGAUAGGGAGAACCUGUUUGAAGAUUUAUGAGCUGCAUGAACCCAUCCUUGAUGCCAGAAGAUCAAACUCUCCUGCAGAGUCAGUUGUGUCCUGUUCAGCCACAGGUCGACCUGCUCCCUCUGUAACACUGACUGUUCUCCACCAGAACCUCAGCUUCUCCCAGUACACCUCCACCAGUGUGACCAACAGCAACGGUACGGUCACCAUCACCACCACAGCUCUGCUGUCAGCUUUCAGCAGCACAGAGGUUGGAUGUUCAGUGUCAGUUCUCUCUGCUGCUCCCAGAGAGCUGCUGGUCACCGUUCCUGGACUCACAGAGACGUCUGAAGAUGUUUUUCCUAAAGGGAGAACUCAGAUCAUUACUGUCGUUGUACUCAUUGGGAUGGUCUGCAUUCUUCUUCCUGUCUUCAUAUUUCUGUGUUUCAAACAGAAAAUUCAAUACAGGGACCCUGAGAUGGAUAAAACACAAAUAAAAUCAUCACAAGACACAGAUGAGUUGAAAACACCUCUGAAAGUGGAGAAUGAGAUCAGACAGCGAACCUCCAGCCAAAAACGUCAAGAAAACAACAACUACUCAAACUCCUCAUCUUCAGUGGCUAAAAGACUUUUUUAAGGAUGAUGUUGUUGCCAUUCUGAUGAUAUUUGAAGAUCAGGUUGGUUGGAAAUACGUUAAAGGGAGUUUGUGUCUCAUCAAACCAGGAGAUUACUGUGUUCAUAGCUCCUGCUGAGAGACUUUUGAUUUUGAAAUGUUUUGCACAAUUACCGGGGGUGAAUCACAGUAAAACAGGUUAAAUAUCUAUGGUUGAUUUAAAUGUUUCCUCAAGUUUAUCUUUGCAUUUCUCUGCUGCUGAAACAAGAUAAUUAUAGAGAAAUAAUCACAAUGGUCUGACAUAAAAACAGGCCUGCUGGAUAAAUGGACCACAGUGCAAAUAGAAACAAUACAUGACACUACAAAAAGAAAAACAUGUUCUGGAGAAUUUCCAUUAGUAAUUUGACAGAUGAUCCAGCUAAUAAUUUGUUGCCCUUCUCCUUGUGCUCUUGUAUAUUACAUCAUCCACUACAACCAUUAAAAAAGAGGAUUUAGCUACAAAGAGUUGCACAAUUAUUUUAGCUUUAUUAUUAUCACUUAUUUUUAGUCUGUAUCCUGCAACGUUGCAUCUGAUACACUGACAUGUCCCCACUGCAUUAAUAAAAGAGUAUUGUAUUCUAAAAUACAAUAUUUCUUUACAGUGUAAACAAGGAUCUGGUCCAUACGGAACAUUUUUCACAGUGUAGACCAAAGAUAUGACUGUUGACUUUAGGAGGAGAACCUCCCCUUCUUAGCCCCCUAUAACCAUCAAGGGUUUAUAAGUGGAAACAGUAGAGAGCUACAAAUACCUGGGUACUAUCAUGGACCACGAAUUGAUCCGUAACCUCAACAAACUGCCAUCUGCAAUAAAGGCCUUUAGACUUAAUUUUCUCUGUACGUUGAACACUUUUAAUGUGAGCAAAACACUAAUGGUCUUAUUUAUCUUUUAGUAUUGUUUUGUGGUAUGGUAACCUUCAUAGUGCAGAACAGAGAACGAUUGAGCCAGUAUAAUUACUGGGAUACAGCAGCUCUCUGUCAGACAUCUAUGAUGGUCGAGUCCUGAAGGCACAGCCCUGAUCAGCCACUCUCAGAGGAGAUUGUGCUUCUUACCUCUGGGUGGCAUUAAGGCUCCUGAGGACCAAAACUAACAGAUAUAAAUUGUCCUUCACACCUACAAUAAUUAAAAUGAUCAAUCUGCACUAAAUACUUGAUAUACAUUUUCUGCACUGACUGUAGCAUUUCUUGUAUUGAUGAUUACUAUUGUUGUGACUGUUGUUGUAUAUCUAUGAUGUCUGUCGCCUGAACACCAAAACUAAUAAAAACGACUCUGACUUAAUUCCAGGUUAAAGGUAACAAUAA